GUUCCGAGCAUUCAGUGACUGCAUCGCUUCAGGGACGUCUGCUGGAAGAGUGCUGUCAAAACAGGCCGUAGUGUUACGUGUGAAGCUGUAGAGCUGUGCUGAUGGAGCAGUGUGCGUGUGUGGAGCGAGAGCUGGAGAAGGUGCUGCACAGGUUCGUGACAUACGGAAACCAGUCAGAGGAACGGUUGGAUGAGCUGCUCAGGAAUGUCUGCGAGCUGCGGAGUCGUUUGCUCGCUUACGGUGUGCAAGAUGCAGAUUUGUCAGUGUUGCAUCAAACGAUGGCGCAAUGCUGCAAGGAGAUCAAAGAAACCGUGCAGGUGCUCGCCUCGCGGCACAAGGACAUCCACGGCAGCGUUUCAAAAGUGGGCAAAGCUAUUGACAGAAACUUCGAUGCGGAGGUGAGCGCAGUUAUAGCCGAGCAUGUCUGGGACACUCCAGAGAGGCAAAAAUACCUCAGCGAAACAAUCGUAGAGCACUUGUAUCGACAAGGCAUGCUAAGUGUUGCUGAAGACCUGUGUCUGGAGUCUGGUGUAGUAAUUGACAUGAGCAUGAAACAGCCUUUUCUGGAGCUCAAUCGCAUUCUAGAGGCUUUGAGAACACAAGAUCUGCGACCAGCACUGGAGUGGGCAGUGACGAACCGUCAGCGUCUGCUGGAUCUCAACAGCACCCUGGAGUUUAAGCUUCACAGACUCUAUUUCAUUAGCCUCCUGAAUGGGGGCAUCAGCAAACAGCAGGAGGCUUUACAGUACGCCCGACAUUUCCAACCGUUUGCCUCACAGCACCAGAGAGAUAUUCAGAUCUUAAUGGGCAGUCUGGUCUACCUCCGCCACGGGAUUGAGAAUUCGCCUUACCGUGAUCUGCUGGAGACGGAUCAGUGGGCAGAGAUCUGUAACAUCUUCACAAGAGAUGCCUGCGCACUGCUCGGACUGUCUGUGGAGUCGCCACUUAGUGUCAGUUUUGCAUCUGGUUGUAUGGCUCUGCCUGUGCUCAUGAACAUCAAACAGGUUAUUGAACAGAGACAGUACAAUGGUGUUUGGACACAUAAGGAUGAAUUGCCAAUUGAAAUAGACCUGGGAAAAAAGUGCUGGUAUCACUCAGUGUUUGCCUGUCCAAUCCUGAGACAGCAGACGUCAGAAAGUAAUCCACCCAUGAAGCUUAUCUGUGGGCAUGUCAUAUCCAGAGAUGCCCUUAACAAACUCACCAACGCUGGGAAACUCAAAUGCCCAUAUUGUCCAAUGGAGCAGAAUCCCACAGAUGCCAAACAGAUCUUCUUCUGAUGUCUUUUUGGAGCAGAUCUAAAUGAAACAUUGAAGGUCUCUCGGAGCCGGAGUUAGAAUGAUCCUCAUUCGCAGGCAUUAUGGGCCUUCCGUGGAGGCCCCUCCCCACCCGCAAAGCCACCUCCCUCUCCAAAGCUUUUAGUUCACAGAGGCCGAGGGUCACGGCAACAUACCCGUAGAACCUGUAAGUGUACCUUACGAGGGAAAGAGCUGACCGGAUCCUUUAUUUGUUAACACAGUCUAGUAUAAACUGGCAUAUAGCGAGUACGAGUACGUGGGUGCGCGUUUCUCUCAAUUUAUCACAGUUUUAAUAGCAGAGUAUUUUUAAGUUUCCCGGGUUUAACAUCUUUCUUUUCUUUUUUUGUGACUUUAAGUAAGCGAUUUGGCGUAAUGCAUCUGCGUGGGUGACUUCUAGCCAGAAUAUAUCCACAGUUUCCUCUUUAAAGCUAGUGUAUAAAUAACUGAACGGGACUUAUUGCACGUGUACAAUAGAAACGAUUUUUCAAAAUGUAUAUUAACAAUGACAGAAUAAAGGUUGGUGGAUUGGUGGAGGUCUGAUGAGUGCGUGUUUUGAACCAGAUGUUGAUUGUAAACAAAUGACGUCUCACUUUCCAAUGUAAUAAAGGUUGUAAUUGGAUUGAACGGUGCAUCGGUUUGAGUUUUCUGAGAUUUGGUGAUAUUUUUGUGGAGCUUUUGUUCCUUGCGGCGGUCUGAUGUCAAAGGAAACCUCCGUGUCCGAGCCACGUCUCUUGCUCUGUUUGCUCGCAAUGAUAUGUUUAAAAAUUGUAUUCUUAAACUGCAGUGAUUUGUGUACAGUAUCAUUUUCCAUGAGUAGAUCUGCAUAUGUUGUAAUGUAUUACGAACACAAGCGAAUGUCACAAAACCGCUUUAACAUCGAUUUGACUUGACAACUCUGGGUUCCUAAGCUCGCUUCAUCAAAACAGGCAGCACGCAACAUGUGGACGAUUGAUCCCUUGCCAGCAUAUAGCAUAUGCAGUGGACUGUAACUGUGUCCGUUAGUAUUUUGACGUUGCCCUUCGAAUGGAGAACUUCCAGGUUUUUCCCAUAAUCCCCUCUGUUUUUAUCUAAAUUUAAGGAGACCUGGAAUAUUUGAUCCUUUCGGAGAAUAUUAAAAUACUGUUCACUUUUAGGAUCGAUAUCUUCAGACGUGCAUGCUGAGUCGAAAUUUGUAUAUUUGUCUAUACAGGUUUGGACUGAUUGAAUGAAAGUAAAAUUCAAAGCCCCGCCCAUCAGAAGUGUCUCUGACUGGUGUGAUCCAGAGACCCAGUGGCAAGCUCGACAUAAACUUGUUAACAUUGUUGCUUUGCUGCUACAUUCUCUUCAUCUGACAGAGUUAAAAAAUGUCUGCAUUUGUUUUUCCCUAAACUUUGUUUUGUUUUUCAUAAUUUGCUACGCAUAAUUUGAUAAAAGCAAAGCAUAAUUCUUUUUUUGAGGCCUUCUUUUAUUUUAAGACGGCUUGUAGGAGUGCUGUUGUGGCAGCUGCCAUGCGUGUGCUGAUAAUUGUUUUUCUUUAGUAGACAAUCAUUUAUGACCUCUUGUCACCUGAAAUGUUUGAGAUCAAAGCGGAGUGCUGUGUGUUAUAUCCUGAGUUCAUUUAGUGACGAUGACUCUGCUUUCUGUACUAACAACUGCAAGGCAACUAUUGUAAAUAUUUAUCUCCUGACAGUACAGUAUGUUUAUUAUACUUGCAUCUAAAUAAUAAAAAACGAUUUAUACACAA